AAUGAGUUAUUCCGUUUUUUUCAAAAAAAAAAACUUCAUCCUCUCAGCACUCUCAAUGGUGGCGAUCAUCUUCUUCUGUUCAUCCUCUCCGCUGGUGACCUAAUUCUUCCUGGCUGAAGCCUACCCUAGCCUAAGUGUAGAUCCGCCACUGAUGGGAACCAUCUUCAACAGCAACAAAGGUCGAAUCUUUACAUCACACAAUCAACCCCCACCGUCAUGCACUCGCACACACCAGGUCGGCGCUCUUCUUUUAAUCACUGCCACCUUCUUCCUCACGCGCCUCUUCGACCAAUCACAGUCAAUAUCAGAAACCCUAAUAAAUGGUGAUGGCAGUGGAUCUUUCACCUGGCCACAAAGAGGUUACGGGACUCACCUCUCGCUUAAGAUCUAUAUCUAUGAAGAGACCGAGAUUGAUGGAUUAACAGAGUUACUUCACGGUCGAGACGGAAAGAUAACCGCCGAUGCUUGCGUUAAAGGCCAGUGGGGCACUCAGGUUAAAAUACACAGGCUGCUGUCGAAUUCGAGGUUUAGAACGAGAAAGAAAGAAGAAGCUGAUUUAUUCUUUGUUCCAUCUUAUGUCAAAUGUGUUCGAAUGUUUGGUGGUCUUAAUGAUAAAGAAAUUAAUCAAACUUAUGUCAAGGUGUUAAGUCAGAUGCCGUAUUUUAGACGUUCUGGAGGGCGUGAUCAUGUAUUUAUCUUUCCUAGCGGGGCAGGAGCACACUUAUUUAGAUCUUGGUCAACUUACAUAAAUCGAUCUAUUAUUCUCACUCCUGAGGGCUAUCGGACUGAUAAAAAAGACACAAGUGCUUUUAAUACAUGGAAGGAUAUCAUCAUUCCUGGCAAUGUUGACGAUGGGAUGACUAAAAGUGGAAUCCGCAUGGUUCAACCUUUGCCAUUAUCAAAGAGGAAGUAUUUGGCAAAUUAUUUAGGCCGUGCACAAGGAAAAGUCGGUCGUCUUAAGUUAAUAGACCUUGCAAACCAAUAUUCAAAUAAGUUGGAAUGUCCGGCGUUGAAGUUUAGCGGCCCUGACAAACUUGGAAAAGUAGACUAUUUUCAACACCUUAGGAAUGCAAAAUUCUGUCUUGCUCCACGUGGGGAAUCUUCCUGGACACUUCGCUUUUAUGAGUCAUUUUUUGUGGAGUGUGUCCCAGUUAUAUUAUCGGAUGAAGCAGAGCUGCCUUUCCAGAAUGUGAUCGACUACACCCGUGUUUCAAUCAAAUGGCCAUCUACUAGAAUUGGUCCUGAGCUUCUGGAGUACUUAGAAUCCAUACCAGACGAAGAUAUAGAAAGGAUGAUACUCAAUGGUAGACAGGUAAGGUGUUUAUGGGUAUAUGCCGCCGAAUCUGAGCAGUGUUCUGCAAUGCAAGGGAUAAUGUGGGAACUUCAGAGAAAAGUAAGGGAAUUCCACCAAUCAACUGAGACAUUCUGGCUACACAAUCAAACCAUUGUGAACCGAAAUUUGGCUGAAUUCUCUAGCUGGAAGGCUCCCAUGCCCCUGCCAUGAUUGUUAUUGAACUUGCUUAUCUUAGACUGUGACAUCACAAUAUUUCAUUUUUUUACACCAGAUGAAUGUCAAGUGUCAUUAAAAUCAAUAGGUAUAGAAAAUUAUAUCUUUGUAGUUUUAUGGAAUCAAAUUGACGAAAUGUAAAGGCGUCCGGCACUGUGUAUACUACGAGAGUUUGAUAAUGAUCGAUGCAUAUUCUUCUCUA